GUGCAAUGGAUAUCACCCGAGUUAUCAACCCAUUCUCACCCACCACAUCCUGAAUAGCCUCCAGCUAACCCAGAGUCUUCAAUUUCCGUCCCCUUGGAACGUGUGGUUUUGAUAGAGUGGGAUUAAUUUUGCACCCCCUCAGUUCACAGCUGAUCUCUCUCAGUUUCCACUUAGCACAUGCAGCCGGAGUUUGUGUCCCCGCCUCGUUAAGACAAAGCACAACACCAUGGCCUGGGACUCAAAGUCGUCGCGCCAGAGGCAAAGCAGCGCUGCAUCCGGGACCAAAAACAUAGCCAUACAUGCCAGGCAACAGUCAAGACGAGUGGUCACGCCUCAGUCUCCCCACGUGGCCGACCCCUUCCUCCAGGACUUCCUCAGCCCGUCGUUUGAUCCCGCUGCAUACCUCAACGCUACGCUCCCACCAUUGCAGACCUCCACCAGGACCUCGGUGAGCCUCGGUGCAAGCCAGGGCGCGGUACCGCUCGCAGAGCUCUCCGUUCAGGCUCAGGCUGUUCUCUCACAGCUCAAUGCCCACACCACCCGGCUGACCAACACCCUGACCGAGCUCACCAACGAUAUCCUCAGGAGCGGCGGUCGCCUAGCCUACGAGGUGGAGCUUCUACGGGGCGAGACACUAGGGCUGGCCGAGGCUCUUGCCGAGGGACUGGAAGACGACAUCGCCGUGUUCGUGCCGGGCGGCAUCCGCGACAGCCUCGCCGAGCCGAGGACGGCGGCCGACAGCCAUGGCGCACAUUCGCAUCAGCGGCGGAUGUCGGUCCUCGCGUCUGCGGCGCCGCCAGCAGCUGCGGUAGCUGCUGUGCCUGCAACCGACACCACAGCUGCUCCAUCUGGCCCAGCGGAAACACCUGCGCCGGACGAGCCGCCCUACAUGGCACAGCUGCGCACGCUGACGCUGGUGCGGUCCCGCCUCGACUCUGUCAUCAAGACGUUCGGCGACGCCAUGGAGUUUGUGUUCCCACCCUCCGAGGUCUCGGUCAGCUCGUCGUUCCUGUCCGUCUCGGCACCCGACGCCGGCGGCGAGAACCACAGCACCGAGGAGAAAGGGCAGCAGGUGCUCCAGGCGCUCCGGGACGAGAUAUCCCGUCUUCUCAACAAUCCUUCCGACCCAAUCAAGGGCAUCGAGGACGCCGCCCACCGGAUCGAAGAGCUCAAGGAGCUGGCCAUUGUGUGGAAAGGCACCGCCGAGGAGAAGGGGCGCACCAAGUUCAUCGAUAGUCUCGCCAAGAUGGUGGAGGACAGGCACAGGGAGCUUCUGCGGGAGGCAGAGCAGUCUAGUCGGCGGGAUACCGCCAGAGCACAAGCGGAAGCAGCCGCAGGCAAAGCUGGCGCAGACACCGACGCUGGGCAGUCAGAGGCCAAGGGGUACGGCGCGUACGGCCUCAUUAGCCAGCUUCAGAAACUGAGAAGCGGGAUAUGAUGGGUGGUUGGUCGGUCGGAUGAAUGUCCGGCUCGCUCUCUGGUGGUGUUCUCUUCGUCACUGUGUCUGGUACACAUCGAUUCGAGAACCGAAUUCUG